GACUCCAAGUGGUCGUUACUAGUUCACAGUCAAGUAGCUCUCGUUCAUCUUCAACUCUAUGAUUAACUGCAAAAUGUUCUGCUCAUUUUGACUAGAGUCUUGAAAGAUCUGCAAACUAAAUGGCGCUGCCAUGGCAAGCCGGAAAUAGGGAUAAAGCAAUUUAGCCAGAAGAGGGCGGAAGUGGCUGCUCAGGGCGCCGCCAUGACGAGCCGGGCCGGAAGAAGAGGUAGGGCGCCGCCAUGACAGAUUAGUCCUAAAGGGAACGGGGUUGUUAGUUCAAUUGGCUACCGGAAAAAACCAGGCUGGGCUGGGCGCCGCCAUGACAACCGAUACCGGAAAAGGCGGGUCGUUCCCCCCGGACAGCCCUACGCCGGCAAAGGUCUCGAGAUGCAGGCGGCCCUAGAGGUCACCGCUCGCUACUGUGGCCGGGAGCUGGAGCAGUAUGGCCAGUGUGUGGCGGCCAAGCCGGAAUCCUGGCAGCGGGACUGUCACUACCUUAAGAUGAGCAUUGCCCAAUGCACAUCCUCCCACCCAAUCAUCCGCCAGAUCCGCCAGGCCUGUGCUCAGCCUUUUGAGGCCUUCGAGGAGUGUCUUCGACAGAACGAGGCAGCUGUGGGCAACUGUGCGGAGCAUAUGCGCCGCUUCCUGCAGUGCGCUGAGCAAGUGCAGCCGCCACGCUCACCUGCAACUGUGGAGGCACAGCCACUUCCUGCCUCCUGAGGACUCCUCUGACUGCAGGAAAACUGGACAUGAAUGACUGCCCCCCCGCCCCUCCCCUGCAGAGUGGCCAGAUGGAGUCCUGAGCCCUGGCCAUGGGCCUGGCUUUCCUGGAUAUCAGGACUUCCAAUAAAUAAAGACUCUGUAUACUGGG